GACGUGUGUCGCGUAACUGCGAUGAGAUGGACGCUUGCCAUAUAAGCAAUAACUGCUUCUUUCUCGCUUAUUUAGUCCUCUUAAGAAGUCCCAGGUGCUGAAUUCAUCCGGAACUUUAUUUUGGCAGGAAAACCUGAAAGCUGACAGAGAGGGUCUUCUUCUGCGGUGAAAAUGGAUUGAUCCAUUCCGAGGAGAGGGGAGCCGAGAACCAUGGACUGAGGGGGUCCCCUCCAGAGUUGUAUGGGAACCAGCUGUGUCUGUAGUCAGACAUGGGGGCUUCGGUGUCCUGCUGCAUCUCGCCCGGUGAGAGCCCAAAGAUCCUGCGGAGACACGUGGACCUGGACGAGUGUCCCUUCACCACCACAGAGGACGUGAGCGAAGACACUGGGACCUACCUGCAGCACAUCAGUGACCGGGAGCUCCCUGAUGAAUUGGCACAAGAGGCAAACCCGUCGGACCACCCUAGAGCCAGCACCCUCUUCCUCAACAAGUCCCAAACAGAUGUUCGUGAGAAGAGGAAAAGCAACUACAUGAACCAUAUGUCUCCAGGGCUUCUGACUAAAAAGUACAGCUCCUGCUCGACAAUAUUCAUCGAUGACAGCACCGUCAGCCAGCCCAACCUCAAGAGCACCAUCAAAUGCGUAUCACUGGCCAUUUACUAUCACAUCAAAAACAGAGACUCAAACCGCUCCCUGGAUAUAUUCGACGAGAAGAAGCAUCCUCUGUCGAAAGAAAAAGUGCCGGACGAUUACUCUGUGGUCGAUCCAGAACACAAAUUGAUCUACCGCUUCAUUAGAACACUCUUCAGCUCUGCUCAGCUCACGGCCGAGUGCGCCAUCGUCACUUUGGUAUACCUUGAGCGGCUACUGACAUAUGCAGAGAUCGACAUUUGCCCGUGCAACUGGAAGUGCAUCGUCCUCGGCGCCAUUCUUCUGGCCUCCAAAGUCUGGGACGACCAGGCCGUUUGGAACGUCGACUACUGCCAGAUCCUCAAGGAUAUCGCCGUGGAGGACAUGAACGAGAUGGAGCGCCACUUCCUGGAGCUUCUCCAGUUCAACAUCAACGUCCCGGCAAGUGUUUACGCCAAGUAUUACUUCGACUUGCGCUCACUGGCUGACGACAACAACCUAAGUUUUCCUCUGGAGCCGCUCAGCAACAAGCGAGCCCAAAAACUGGAGGCCAUCUCCAGGCUGUGUGAGGACAAGUACAAGGACCUGAGCAGGUCGGCCAUGAGGAGGUCCGUCAGUGCCGACAACCUGACCGCUAUCAGAAAAUCCCAGGCUGUGCUGUCCUAACUUAAAUCAGAUGGGGACAGCGCCAAGAGACUUUUGAUUUUUGAAGUAGAUUAAUAUCUGUCACCGAAUCAAUGUCAACUUUAGUGGGUGAGACACGACCCAGAGCUACAUGUACAACACUAUAACCUGAGUCCAAGUCUAUAUGUGUUUUAAAUUUUGAGGUAAAGCAUGAUCUUUUACUGAUAAACGUCA